GAAAAGUGUCACAAAGCUACGAAAAUAGCUAUGGAAUCCGAAAAUGACACUUCCUUAGUCAUGGGUACCACCCGAGCCCAUGGUAUGCUCAUGUAUUUUCACACAGGCAUUGAUGAAGUACUGCUGUGGAAGAAUUGGGCGCCCACCAAUGUUUGUCAGUUUGUGUUCUCCACCUUAGCCUUCUUCGUAUUAUCCGUUUUCUAUGAAUGGCUGAAGAUGCUGCGUGUAAAGCUGGUGCUUCGGGAUGAACGCAAAAAAUCCGAGUACUUGGCCCAGGUCGGAUCCGAAACGGCCUUGGUUGAGCUAAGAGAACAAACCUACUGGCAGCGUAUUUGGAAUUCGGCCCAUUUUGUGCAAGCGCUUCUUAACAUCCUGCAGAUAGCCAUCUCCUAUGCAAUAAUGUUAGUUGUUAUGCUCUACAACUAUUGGCUGUGCUUAGGCACAUGCUUGGGUGCUGCCACUGGAUACUUCUUUUUCGGGAUGACAAAGCUAAGCAAGUCUUUUGAUGCUUUGCCGUAAUCCAGUAC